AUGAGCACUAACAACUUGGGACUGCCCGUGACCGUCGAGCUACUCGGCUGCUACCGGGCGCAGCACCCACUCGACCCCCAUCGGCCUUUUGUCGUGUACGUACUGCGUAUCUCAACGUCCAGUACCGUGCCCUUUCUCGUGUACCGUCGCUGCUCGGCGGUGGCUGCGCUUGCGGCGGAGCUGCACGACGUGCCGACUGUCGAACGACUGCGGACGCAGACGCGGCAGGGGGACGUUCCGCUGUCGGCUGCAGAGCUCCAGCAGCGCUUCCACGCUCUCGAGCGGUUUUUCCAGCAGGUGGUCGGGUCGUUUCGGCGUCAACAUGCGACACGGCAAUCGCAGCAACAACAACAACACGACGACAGCUCGACGCUGGACAUGCACGUUUUCUGUGCUUUUCUCGCGGACGGGCGAAAUCGACCACCGAAACCCGUGACGGGCGACCUGCCGGGUUGGGUCCGGCCCAUUUCGAUGGUACCACUGCAAACGGUACCCUGGACAUCGAGGGUACCGCUGACAAUGGUACCAUUGCCGUGGGCAGCAGCAGCAGCACUAAACAGCCAAGAGGCGCGAGUGGGGACGACGAGUGAAGACGACGACGACGACGUGUCCUCUACCUCUGUUCGUUCUCAGGUACCAGGCAGCAGCAUGGAAGGAGAAGGAGAGGGAGCAGGACAGCGUGCUGCUGUCGAGUCGACGUGCUUCCGCAACGAUGUGCUUCAAGCCGAGAGCAAUUUGAACGCACUAUGGCACUGUGUCCGCGCUUAUAUGCAGACAACGACUGCGUGGUGGGACGCAACAGCUGCUGUACUGAACGAGUACAAGCGCGUGGCUGAGAUGCCGCUAGUUUGUGCCGUUGCGCAGACGAACGAGGACGUGGCGAUGGAAAGACGGGAUAUUGGUAGCAGCAAGAACGCUAGUGGCAGCAAUGGUCAUGAGCAGAAGCAACAACAGGAUGGAGGCAGCGAGACGCACGCUGCUCGACUCGUACGAGCACUCAGCCAAGUGCUGGGGUCGAUCCAGCCCGAGUUUGAGCAAACAUGUGAAGAUGCAGUGCUGAAGCCGCUCGGCGCACUGUGCUACGACGUGCUGCCGGAGGUAAAGCACACGUACUGGACUCGACACAGUAACUGGGGUCACGAAGGUCUAGCGAGGCGGACACAGGUUCGACGGUUCCAACAGGAGCGUGAGACGUUGUCUGCCAAGUUGCGAGAGGAUGUAGAGACGAGUAUGACGGCGCUUGUAGGACUGCAGAAUAAAAUGCUGGCGGCUAUGCAAGGGUUGGAUCAAGUGCAGCAGGUAUCACGACAGCGCAGCCAAUCAGAGCCAGAAUUUGCAGGGCAAACGGGUCGUCGAGCGUGCGAAAGCUCUUGUGGUAUAAGCAUAUCUCGAAGCCAGUCGUCCUCGAAGGAGGUACAUGAUAUUGAUGCAAGCGAUGCAGCGUCAAGUAGUGAAAGCCGUCACGAGAAAAACAUGCAGGUGCAGGCAUAUGCGGAUGCAGCCACUGUGAUUGAUCACGUGGCUUCAAGCGAUGAAGUUGACGACGCUGGUGUAAGUAUGGAUGACAAUAAGUGUGGAGAAAGCAAGGACGGGGAAAAAAGCAAGGAAAGUGAUGCCAGAGAAGCAGUAAGCGAUGAAGUGGAAGUGGAGAUGGUGGAUAAAACUGCAGUUGGUCAGGAUGUUGAGGAGCCGAGUUCCUACAUGUGGGUGUGGGGGCGGCCACCUAGUCUAGAAAGCGGGACCCCGGUUGUACUUCGUCCGAAGAAGGUGUCUUUGCUCAACGGGCAGCCGAUUGUACAAGUGGCUUGUGGUGGCGAGCAUCUGCUUUACCUGACAUCAACAGGCGAUGUCUAUAGCUACGGUGACAAUGAAGACAAAAAGGCUGCAGCUGCUACGAUGGCAAUUAAGAACAAUCCGAAUGACAGUGAAUCAGCUCAACGUAGUGCGACAGUAUCUUUCCUUGCACCCCGUCUCGUCGAAGAGCUCGCGCUGGAAAAAGCUCUUCAUCGCACGACAAUUGCAACAAUCGCAUGCGGCGCUCAGCAUUCGUUGGCUAUUACCGAUGCUGGAGAGUUGUAUACGUGGGGUAGCGGUGAAGACGGGCGCCUUGGACAUGGUGACAUGCGAGACCGCGCUGUGCCGCGCAAAGUUAUGAGCUUGCUGCGAGAGAGCGUGACAACCGCUAGUUGCGGCGGGGCGCACACGGCUGUGUUAACUACGAGGGGCACUGUGUUUGUGUUUGGGCGAGGGCGAAAUGGUCGUCUGGGACUAGGUGAUUAUAGGUGGCGAGACACACCUCACCCGAUACUAGGGUUUCCGAAAGGAACGCGUAUUGCGCAUGUGGUAUGCGGCUGGAACUUUACAGCGGCACUGGAUCGUGAGGGACGACUCUUCACGUGGGGCAAGACCGGUGAAGGGCAAUGUGGAUUGGGCUAUGUGGAUAAGGAUCAGGUAGUACCACGCUGCGUCGAGAGGUUGUGUGAGCAGGCGGGAAGCUCAGCAAUUGUCGAUGUUGCGUGUGGAUAUACGCACACCGUUGUGCUGACAGCUAGCGGUGAGCUAUAUUCGUGGGGCUUAGGAGAGUACGGACAGCUUGGGACUGGAGAUGUUUAUCAGCCAUUACCUGCACGUGUGCAGCUACCUGAAGGCGCAUUGUGUUCUCCUGAUCGAUUGGCACGAGUGUAUUGCGGCGCGUUCCACUCUAUCUCGACAACAGAGAAUCACGUGAUGUUUGCUUGGGGGCUAAACUCGUACGGUGCAUGCGGUCUCGGGCACACUGCGAAUAAGGACAGACCCGAACGAAUGGAUUGUUUUUCUUCUGACGCUGAGCUCAUUGUGGCUUGCGGUCACAAGUACACUAUUGCGCUUGAGGUGCGUCACGACCUGAAUGGACACACUUCUUCCAUACCUCAAGCAAACCUAGAAACAGGAACAGUGUCAGCAGCGUAUAGACUGGACGUGCCAAGGACGCAAAGGCAGAUUUCGGAGGGUAGCGAAGCGAGCGAAGAUGUUUUGUAUCGUGGUCGAAGUUCGUUGGACAAGCUGAACUCGUCCAACAGUGUACCUCGGCAUCGACGACGCUCUUCUUUUGGUGUAGCAAUGGAGCUCGAUGAUGUUCCACGCGAGGCCAUUCACGUGAAGGAGGAAGAGCUGCGGCGAGCUAAGAAGCUUUGGCGAACGCGGAUCUUGCGCGAUUGGGAGGAAAACAAGGACACGCCACUGGCACAUUCGCUGUGGCGCCAGGGUAUUCCGCCAUCGAUUCGAGCUCGCGUGUGGCCCAUGGCUAUUGGUAAUAAGCUAAAGGUGACCCCGGAGAUGUUCAAGAUAUACCGUCGACGGGCAACCGCCUACAAGAAGGACCGAGUUGCGACGGAAGAGAAUGGUACUGUGGAUGGCGGUCGCGAACAUACCUUGGCACUGAUUGACACGGAUCUACCGCGUACAUUCCCGUCGCUGAAGUUAUUUGACUCGAGCGGUCCAUACUACGCGUUUUUGCUGGAGGUUCUUGAGACAUAUGCAUGUUACCGGCCUGACCUGGGAUACAUCCAAGGCAUGUCGUACUUGGCUGCAAUGCUGUGUCUACACAUGCCACAGGACCGCUAUCUGGCCUUCCAAUGUUUGGCCAACCUCAUGGUGAACGAACAUCUCUUCACCUUUUACCUGCUGGAUGCCGAUCUUGCAAACGUGUACUACACUCUGUUCGACGCCUUUCUGAACUCGCGGCACCCUCAUCUUCGCGCUCAUCUACGGGAGAUUGGUAUCUUAUCCUGCUCCAUGUAUCUAAUGAACUGGCUUCAGACACUAUUUUUGCAAGUGCUUCCGCUCGAGUCAGCAGCCCGUGUGUUCGACAACUUUCUGCUGGACGGGACGGUAUUUCUCUUCCGUACUGCAAUGGCGAUUCACGACUUGUUGGGACCGCAGCUGAUGGCCGCGGACAUUGAUGUGGCGCUUCCAUUGUUGCAGCGCAACGUAAUAUACCAAGAUGAGUGGAGCGUGCUAGUUUCGGAGCAAGCUCUUUUCGACACUGUGGCGACUAUCGGUGUACCGAGUCAUAUCUACUCAGCGCUUGACCGCGUUGUGAACGACGUCUUUUUCUACGAAAAGCGCGGCGAGCUUGAUAGUGCCGGAGGAAAAAAGAUGAUGGCGUUUGCUAGCGGCGGCCAGAGUGUCGGCAUUGGGCACGUGAAGCACGAACGACGUCGCAUGUACGCCAUUAGUGAUGCACUCAAUGGCGUUCUGGGUGGAUUUUGA